GUAGGGUGCAUUAGUCACUCGGGUAGCGCAAGGCGCGCCGAUUGUUCAGCUCUUCUUUUCUCCUCUCUCAAUCAGUUUUUCUCCGCAUGUAGCCAGGCAGGGAGCUAACUACAAUGGUAACUAACUGUUACUUGCAAAGCGACCAUUUCUUUCUUUCCGCCUACAACGUUCAAUGCGUUUGUCCUUGAACUUUGUUGAAGAAUGCCGCGGUUCAUUGGACAAGAUUUCAUUGAGGAUGCAUCCGCAUACAGACGAGUACUAAUUCAGCGGAUGGGCGUCGAUGAACCAGUGCACCUUGAUGAAAUUGAAGGCUAUCCUCACCAGGGUUUGGCAGCUGAAGUAAACACAUUGUCUUUGCCAUGGUGCUUGCCUCCAUUGCCAGAAUUGGGCUUUGCAGAACCAAGUAGCACCACAUCCUUGGCAAAUGAAUUUUGCAAGCUCUCAUGCUUCCAGUCAGAUCAUUGCAGUGGAAUCAUCACUGCACCUAAUUUCUCGGAUAUCGCUGAAGAAACCAGUGUAGCAAGUUCGCUUUUUGUUGACCCUUCUUCUCCAUUGUCACCGAGCAUUGACCGACUAGUGGAAGAAGCCUGUGAUGAUGUGUGCCGAGAUAUUCUUGAAUUUCCAUGUGGCGAUUUUGUCACCACUGAUGACUGGGAAUCAUUUGCAGAUGGUUAUUCACCACUCUACUUUGAGGAAGUACUGCCGGCAUCAGAACUGUGUGAUGGGACAUAUGGAUUGCCAUCUCUCAAUGCCUUGUCCGCUAGGCUGAAGCAGAAGCAAGUUUCAGAUCCACUUGUUGACUCCCAGGGCAAGCUUCCAACGCUGUCAAGCAUGGUGUUCAGCACAUCACGUGACAUUUGUGCAGAUGAUGGUGCUCUUGAUACCUUAGCAUUGUGCACCCUACAACGAGACAGCUGUGUUCUGGACGACAUUGAACAUGAGAUUCUGUAUGAAGAGGAUGAUGCUAUCGACACGGUGAUGGACCUCACUGUACCAACCAUAGACCACUCUGCUUCGCCUCCAUUGAACAGCCGAUCGUGUAGUGAUGUGAUGAAGCAGCUGCAGUUACAAAGUGACAGCGGCCUUGAGUCAAGCAGCUGUACAGAAGAACUCGAGGAACUUGUCAAGUUUUCUGGUGGUCCAGAAGUGCUGAGUCCAGAAGCACGUGUCGACAGCAAGAGUGAUAGCAAAUAUAUCUGUACUGAUGAAGCUCUCAUUGAUGACUCGGAUGCCAUUCACAACAGGAUGCAGAUGUUUGAAGAGCCCAUGUCCCCAGAUGGCAACGUCGCAAGGUGUGGACAAGUAGGGUCUAUCAGCUGCUUGGAAAUGGCACGUGUUGUCUGUCAGCCAUAUCUCAAGCCUCUUGCGGGCGUUGAGACAGGCAAGGCACCCAUGAUGAUCUUGAGUCCAGAGAGCAAGCUAAUAGCAGAGCGAGGACUUAUUGAAGCGAACAGCAGAUUUGAUGAGGAAAGUGUCCAUAUGCUGACAGUACCAGUGGUGAGCUGCAACCUGCUCUUGCAACGAAGGUCAGCGUUGGAUGAACUGCGUCAGUGCUUUCCAAUUGAAGAAUGGAGAAUAAGCAGUGAAGCUGACCUGCAGCUCACCUGGGAUCCAUUGGCAGGGUGCAUUGAGGAAAUGAAGGCCUGUCAAUUGAAGACAGAAUCCGUUUCAGGAGGUUAUGUGGACUGGCAAGCAGACAAAGUGCAUGCAAAGCUACAGAAAAGGAUGGAAACUGCCUUGCAACAACUGUAUGACACCGAGAAAGCCGUAUUACCGGCAUCCUAUGUUGCUGGUGACGGGCACCUUGGCAGGAUCAGUACAGGCUGCAGUACAGGCAAACCAGUAUACCAAUCCACAACCAGCCAUUCAGAACGGCACCUGCCUACAUCAGAAGCUCCACGCGAUUAUGAUAGUGGCAGUCAGGCAAGCAAUUUCCCCAUGCUGCCAAUUCAGCCCGGGGCUAGUUUAGACAACUUUCUCCUUCUGCGAGAUGUUCCUGAUGUAUCCACCAGCAGUGAGCAGGUCUGCAGCUCACAAGCCGGCACUCACUCGAAAGUCGAUGCUUCCAAGAGCGCCGGGUCCACGCUACGAGCGGUACCUUCCCAUGACAGUGACGAGUUGAGACAUUCUGCUGCCAAGGUCACCGGUGCUACCACGAACAGCAAGGGGCCGUCGGUGGCCCGUAGUAUCAAGUAUGUCAGGAUGGAAGGCGUCUUUCUUCAGCUUUAUAAUCGACUGCGAAGCCAAGCACAAGUGCUUCUGCUUCAGAUUCAGAGUCAGAGAUCUUUGCUGAACGGUGUCACAAUGGAUACGAUCUCCGUGGAUCAAGUCCUGUUCUUUGUCAAUUCCUGGAAACAAGAUGAUGAUGAAGAGAGUAGUACUCAUGGCAACUAUCUAGUUCGGCUACUGUGCAUUCUGGAAACCUGUGACAGUCUCCUUCAAUGCAGCCUGCCCACAGCCAUUUGUAGUCUGGGCAAACUAAGAGAGAAGCAUUCUCAAUGUCUCAAAGGGGGCCUGCAGAGUUUAGCAACUGAGCUUUUUGAAAGCCACUGCCAGUUUCAAGAUCAAAGCGUUAUGCAUCCCAAGAUAACAGCUUUGAUAAAUGCUCUGAACAUUGGCUAAAAAAUAACUCGGGGUGCCAGUCAAAAGUGAUCAUCUUGAUAUGGAAGUUUGGCCGAAGUCUGUUGCCGCAGCUUGCGGAUUUGGUUGGGCAGGUUUCAGGACUCACGACACAACAUCUCACUGAUUCCAGUUUCUUGCAGAGCUCCACGAAGGAUGAAAUAAUUAGAAGGUGCUCUGGCUAUAACUGCAUCAUUGUGCGAGGACAGGAUGCUGUACAAGACGUCUGGCCAUGGUCGUUGUUCACUCUGGCAAUUGACUUUGUUUUUCCUGCUUUGCCAACUCGGCCGGCUGACGGUUCUGACUCAUUGGAGGAGCACCCCGCCUGGCAGCUCAGGGCCCUGUCAGCAAAUCCAGACAUUCGUUUCCUUCUCUUGAAGUCAGUUACACCAACAAAUGUAUC